AAGGGACUAGCUAUAGAGUAAAUGUAACAGGUUUUGGAGAACGGUUUGAGUUCUAGAAGCUGCCCGGGGUUGGGCAUUGCAGCCAUGCAGGAACUCAUUGCCAGCAUUGAGAAGUUCAGCUUUGACCUUGAGAAAGAUAUUGAAGGUCAGCGGGGUGCACUGCUGCUGCCUUUCCAGGGCAUGGAUAAAUCUGGAGCAGCUGUGUGCGACUUCUAUGUGAAAGGGAUAUGCAGGAAAGGUUCCACUUGUCCAUUCCGACACCUGAAUGGAGAAAAGACGGUAGUCUGCAAGCACUGGCUCCGGGGUCUGUGCAAAAAAGGCGAUCAGUGUGAAUUCCUUCAUGAGUAUGACAUGGGCCGAAUGCCUGAAUGUUACUUCUACUCUAAAUUCGGAGAAUGCAGCAAUAAAGACUGUCCCUUUUUGCACAUUGACCCUGCAUCUAAAGUAAAGGACUGCCCAUGGUAUGACAGAGGAUUCUGCAAGCACGGGCCAGCGUGCAAGCACCGGCAUACGCGCAGAGUCAUGUGUGCAAACUACCUGGUUGGUUUCUGUCCAGAGGGCCCUAAGUGUAAAUAUGUACACCCUAAAGCUGACUUGGUUCUGUGCAAUGCAGACCAUCCAAAGAAUCCUGCAGUUCAGCAGAGAUUCCCUGCUACAUCUUUGCCCUGUGACCUGGAAGCCAUAGCAAAGCACCAAGGGCUGAUGCUAGAACAUUCUCGGCUGUCGCACCUGACAGUGAUCAGCAUGGUGCAGGAGCGCAUCCGGAAGCUGCAGGAGAAUGUCUACGGGGGACUGAGACCCCUGGAGCAGGUCACCUGCUUUAAGUGUGGCGAGAGAGGUCACUACGCAAACAAGUGCAACAGGAGCCGCCUUGCCUUCAUGAUGAGGAAAUAGAUGCAAAAUGAAAAAAUAGAAGUAAAUGAAGCUGGUGAAGGGAAAAUUAUUUUGAAGCAGAAAUGGGAUGCAGUGAAAUGAUCUUUUAAGCACUUUGGUCACGAACAUUGGAAGAAAGUUGGUAAAUAUGGCAGUUAUUCAAGAAUUGUUGGACAGAAGAUUUUCAUCACUAAUUAAAUGCAGUGUUUAUAUAUGCCAGCAUAAAGCUGUAUCUCAUAAGGCUAGUUUGCCGUCACUGUGUAUUCUUAUACAAGGACUUUGUUGGCUAAUUAUUGUAUGUGUUGGUUUAUUUACAUAUUGUGAGCCAAUAGUGACUCUGUUUGUCUGUCCUGCAAUGAAAAGAGCAAUGGAAAAAUCUCAUGGGCAGCAGUACAUUCUACUCCCUAUAAGCAUAGAAUUACUCUGUAGGUUAGACCCUGUCUAUAUUCCUCAUAAACAAUUCAAUAUAUGGUAAUUAUUUGGUGUUACUGGGCCUUUAAUACAAGAAGUGACCAUGCAUUAUUGCAGUUGUGCCUAUUUAAAGCUAGUUUUUCCCAGUGAAGAAAAGAAUAGUGGCAACAUGAUAUAGAGCUUGUGAACAUACAGUAAUAACUGAUUUAACAUACUUGUUUUCCAGUGAUCAUUUCCCUUUCAUAUCAAAUAGAUCUGAGCAUUAUCAUUCCUGCAAUGGCUAGAUUGUAUAAAAAAGCUGAAGGGGAUUUUGUCUUCUCUUUGGCCUAACUUUACAUUACUCUAAAUGCACAAGAACAAGAUUAAACUAAAUUUGCACCGAUUAUUGCACUGGUUAUGACUUUUGCUGACCAACCCAGGCCUUCAACCCUUCUAAUAAAAUAAAAUGUUCUUCUAAAGAACUUUCCAACAGUUAUACUUUCUCAAUGGUUUUAAAAGUAUUUGAAAGUGUAAUUGCAACUGAAAGUCCCCUUUCUGCACUGCUGUUUGUCUUUUGCAACAAUGUAGCAGAAGUCAGCCUUGCAUGCAUCUUCAAAGCUCUGUUUUUUUUUUUUCAAAAGUCAGAACCACUAGGGUAGAGACUCGAAGGUAGGGUCGGACUGGGGGGUGCAGGGACCACUGGGGCUUCUGCCUCGGGGACCCCCGCACCCCCCAGUGGCCCCAGUCGCAACCUUUCAGCCCCCCCAACUUGUCCGGCGGGUAGGCAGUAGGGAGACCAGCGGCUCAGAAUAGUGCCCUGUGGGGAUUGGGUCUGGGCAGUCGGGGGCCCACCAGGGCCGGAGCCAGUCCAACCCUGCUAGUAGGGGACAGACAGAUAAUGCUUUCAGUAGCAGUAACCAUUUAAACUGUUCAAUAAACGUAUAUGGAAAAAGUUACUAUAUAUAAUAUAUAUAUAUAACUAUAUAUAAUAGUUACUAUAUAAUUUCACUGGGUAAAAUUCUAUUCUUGUGUUUAUAUAACCUUUCGAGUGUUGUAGUGGUCCAGCCCAAGGUGCUUAUAUUCUGUACAAGGCCCUGGAAUUUCCUAGCUACUUUACUAUAUUAUAACAAAAAGGCCAGGCAUUGCCAGCAGUUUAUCUUGACCAUUAAUAUUGCACUGUUUGUAACUGUGAAAGGUUUUGUACACGGAGAUAUGUCGCUGCCUCGGCAAUAAGGGUGUGAAUGGAUGUUGUUAAUAUAACAAAAGUUUCUAUUAUUUAUUACUGUAUUAUAAUAAAUGUGUUUUGCAAAA